GUAAAAUUGGCACGUAAGUUAAAUCUUAGCCUUGAUGGCUGUAACAUCUGCUGUCUAAAAUUUAAAACCGCGUUUUAUUAUUAACAAUUUAACAAUCUCUUAAACAUUAUAGUAAAUAAACAAAAUGAGUUACUUCUUUUGGGUGUCUUUAACUUUAUAAAUAACUUGUUUCCUAUUUAUUCUUAAUUUACAUCAACCCUAUAACGUUCUCGGGGCCAAAACUUUCCAAGUAAUUGAAAACGAAAACGUUACAAAACUUAUUGGGACCCAAAGAAAAUGAAGAAAAUUACCAAAAAGUUAUCGACCAAGUACGUGAAGCUCAACAAAAGCCGGUUCCGGCAAGACGGGUCUAUGAAGUCGGAGGAGGACGGUGGAGAGCUUUUCCAAGAAAAUCAUUCGCCAAAGAUUGAGGAAAGUAAUGAAAAGAAGGAGACACCUAUAGUAACAAAGAUUAUGGAGUCCAUGCAUCGUAAACUGACGCUAAAAGAGAAACCAAAUAAAAAGAAUAUCCACGUGGACGGUCACGACGACCAGCUUGAAGGUUCGGUUAGAAACAUGAAUCGUGGUGAUAAUGAUCAGCAUGUAGGCUCAGUUAGACGCGGUCAUAUGGAUCAUCUUGAAGAUUUGAUUAGGGGUCGUGAUCCUACAGAUCAUAUUGAAGGAACAAGUAUAAACCAUGUGGACCAGCUCGAAGGAUCUAGCAAAAACGGUCAGAAGAGUCAGGGUGAAGACGUUACUACUAAACUAAGCUGUCAUGAAGAUCAAUCAGAAGGAUCGACUAAAAGUCCUUCUGGUUUUGCUUCCAAGAAAGAUUAUCUUGAUUGGAUUGAAUAUGUGGAAGGAUCUAGUCAGCAUAAUUUCGACCGAUCCGAAAAUCAUGAAAGACAUUAUAGAAAGGAUGACAUAGACCAUAAUCAGAUCAGCAUUGGGAUAUCAGAAGGGUCAAUAGAGGGUAAUAACGAUGAGACAAUGUUACUAAAGAGCUCCAAGUAUAGAAAACAUGAGAAAUUUGAAGAUUUGAAAGGGUAUAAAAAAGGAAAAGGUAGUAAGGUCAAAGACUCAUCGAAACGUCAAAUGGUUGACUAAAGGUGAAUGGACCUUUCACAUUGUGUAAUAUGAUCACUGAUCAUUUUAGUUAGUGUUAAAGUAAAGCUAUACUCCUGUAUAAUGAUGAUAUUCAAAGUCUUCAUUUUUAGUAGUUUUAUAGGAUCAUAUGUAUUGUGUUCAAA